AUGGGGAAGAUACGCAGCGGAGAUAAGAGUACAUUUGAUACAGCUAUGGAGGCAGGGAUGGCGUAUGAUGCAGCAGCCAUAGAGUUUCGAGGUGUUAAGGCGAAAACAAACUUCCUAAUUCCUGUUGAUUUGACUCGAAGUCCUAGUGAGGUGAGUAUUGUUGAAUCAUCUACCGCAAUGACUAAGUUGAAGAAGGUGGAGGUUCCUGAGGAACUGACUCAAAAUAAUCUUGCUGCUCGUGAUGGUGCUGGCGGUCUUGAUCGUGGUGAAAUGUUUCAUACUAAUGGAUUCGGAUCCGUAAUCAUGGGUUCCGAUGCAGGAGAUCUCAGUGAGUCAGAUUCUUCAUCAGUGGUUGAUUUUAUGG